UCAAACCCCCAUAGGAAGUCGCUGCGCCACGUGACCAGACGUGGGGUAAAGCAGAGGGCUGAGACUUCGUGGACAAGCCGACGAGCUGUGGAGACGCUGAAUGAAAGGAACAUGCCUCCCUCACCACCAGACUCUUUGGGCUACAAACCUCUGGAUGGUGGUUGGGGCUGGAUGGUUGUGUUUGGGGCUCACAUUUCCAUUGGGUUCGCCUACUCCACGCCCAAAGUCCUGUCCAUUUUCUUCAAGGCCAUCCAAGAGGACUUAGGGGCCAGCUACAGUGAAAUAGCAUGGAUUUCCUCCAUCAUGCUGGCAGUCAUGUAUGCAGGCGGACCUGUGAGCAGUAUGUUGGUCAGUCGCUUUGGAAGCCGACCAAUAGUGAUGCUGGGUGGACUGAUGUGUGGGGUCUCUAUGGUAACGGCUUCUUUUGGGAACUCCAUCGUUUACAUCUACUUUUUCAUUGGCAUCAUUGGAGGUUGUGGACUCUCCUUAAAUCUGAAUGCAUCCCUGACCAUCAUCAGCAAAUAUUUCUUGGCCAGACGUCCUCUAGCCAACGGACUGGCCAUGGCUGGGAGUCCAGUGUUUCUUUGUUUAGUGGCCCCUCUAAACCAAUAUUUACUGGACAAGUUUGGCUGGAGAGGAAGUCUGCUCAUCCUCGGGGCUCUGAUGCUCAAUUGUUGUGUCGCUGGGGCCCUGAUGAGACCAGUUCUUCUGCCUUGUAACUCUUGUGCAUCACAGAAGAUGGUGGGAGAAGAGCCGAACAUGUGCAACACUAAGGUAAAAAAAGGCUGCAUGAAGGAGGCUAAGAACUUCUUAAAUGUGUCUUUAUUCAAGAAUCGAGGCUUCGUCUUUUACCUCAUAGGAAACAUGAUGUUCAUCUUCGGUGCCUAUGCGCCCAUCGUGUUCCUGCCUGCCUAUGCCAUCAGCCAGGGUGUAGAUGAGUACUCUGCGGCCUAUCUGCUCUCUAUUAUGGGCUUCGUGGACAUGUUUGUUCGUCCUGGAACCGGUCUGUUGGCCAACAGCAAGUGGAUCAGACCCAGAAUCCAGUACCUCUUCAGUUUUGCUAUGGUUUUCAACGGUACGUGCCACUUACUGUGCCCGCUGCUGAAUACCCAUGCCUUCCUGAUCGGAUACACAGUGUUUUUUGGUAUUGGCUUUGGAAUGGUCUUCGCCCUCAUAUUUGAAUGCCUGAUGGACCUGAUGGGAAGUCAGCGCUUCCCCAGUGCUGUUGGAAUGGUCACCAUCAUCGAGUGCUUCCCCAUGCUACUGGGACCCCCUACUGCAGGUUUACUGGUGGACAUCUGUGGCGACUACAAGUACCUUUUCUUCAUGUGCGGCUCUGUGAUCGUGGCAGGUGGACUCUUUCUCUUCGUGACAAACAUCUACAACUACCACAUGCUAGAUAAAGAGAAGAUGGAAAAGGACAGAGAGCAGAAGGAAAAACCCUCAGAGAACCAGGAGCAGGUGAGCCUCUCAGAGGUACAGAUAUAACCUACUCCUGAGGCAGUGAUGGAAGGAACUGAGCCCACAGCUAAAGAGUAGAAUCCACCGAGAUCCACGAAUUACACAGGAACACCAAAUUAAACAUAUGCCCCUGUUCAGCCUGGAUUCUAGGGGUCAUAAGUGUAGUGCUGCUGGAGCAGACAGGAUUCUGUCCAUUUUGCUUUCUCUAAGUGAGUAAAUGCAGCGUUUACAGUAAACCGUUUGAAAUUAUAUGUGCUGCCAAUAGAGGAGCAAUACAAUCAUAUGUAUAGCAGCAGCUCCCAGAGGCCUUUGGGCUGCACAGAAAAACAUCCCUCCACACAACAUUCAGUCCUUCUGCCUGUUUCUUUAUUUGUAAUGAAAGACACAUUACACCUUCAUGUUAAACCUGUGCUGCAUCCACAGAGCCUGCUGGGAACAAAAGCUUGUUUUCACACUCUGUUACAUGAGCUUGACCCUUUGCAACUUUUCCUCUUUGAUAGACCAGUGCGUUCACCAAGAACACUUCCCUAGUGCAGCCAACACUUGGUAAAAACAGCACCACUUUGGAUAUAGAUACAGCCUGGAAGCCAGACCAAUCAGCAGGCUCAUAUUUAUUCACCCUGGAAGAUGAGCCAGGCCCCCCUUCCCAUUCAGACUGGUUUCCGUCUGUCCUGUUACUGGUCGAGCCAACCACAGCCAUUUAUAUAAAACGGGGCGGGUUUGAUUUGAUGAGUGAUGAGUUGAUGAGAAGCACUUUUCCUAAAAACUAAGAUGGCUACUACUGUUGAAUCCAAUAGAAACACUGUUUAAUGAACAGGGUGGUAUAGUUUCUCUCAAAGAAAAACAACUACUGUUGGCUGUAGUCUGUUUACAUUUUUUUGUUACUCUGCACUGUCACGUUUGUUACUCUGAUUGGCUGUAGGUCUGAUCCCCCACAAGUGAAAACCCCCUGAAAAUAAAAAAAAAGGACAUAAGGAGUUCUUGACCCAUAAAUGACCUUCCAUUGCAUUCCAAACACAGACAUUUUAGUCAGCUCUUCACAAUAUUUUAUUUGUUUUUAAUUCAGAUUUUAAGUAUUAACUAAGUUCUGCAGGAAGCUCCAAUUAGCUACAUAGCAUUUACAUUUAGAACCUACCUCCAUGUCCACAGGCUGGUGAGAGAUGAUGAGAACAGUUGACUGUAGACAUGUAUUUUCUUUGGGAGGACUUGACAGUGAGAAGGUGCUUUAUGUAAAAAAUACUGUCUCACUGUCUUGGCUCAGUUAACCAUCUAUCUACUGUUGUCCAUUUGUUUGUUCGCACCCUAGAGGUCAGUUGAAGGAAAAGCAGUGUGUGCAGAUGACACACUGCUUCUUUUUUACCACUGCUCUUUAAUAGCUACCUCUGGAUUGUGUAUGUGAUGUGUUCCUUUGGCUGCACUGUAUUACAUUGAAUGACUGUGGCUAAUGAAGGCAGCUAGCCUCAAAAUGUCAGGGUAAGUCUCUGAUUGAAUGAAAUGCAGGAAUUGUUAAUUUUAUUCUGUUACGUGGUCAUCAUUUCUUUUCUGUUAGUGCUCACCGCUUGUAUCAGAUGAAUCUAAUCAAAAGAGUUUUCAGUGCCCAUAUUGUGUUUUUCAUGCUUUUCCUUUUACUUUGUCAAACAGCUUUUAACUGAAUAUAAAAGUUGUGCUCCCACAGCAAAUGCUGAUCACGAACAUCCUGAAACGCCCUGUUUGCAUUCCUUUCCAUAAAGCGUCAGUCAUCAUAAGAUUCCCACCUCCAGGCAGUUUUUACUCUGAUGUAGAUAUUACACAGUUCUAAUGUUGCAUAUGAAAUAUCAGGGCUACAAAAUAAAAACUGUGAAACGUUUUGUUUGGUCUAUCAGCUGGUUCACAAGAACAGACACUGUUACCAACAUUGCUACAAUGGCAAGGUGGGUGGAAGAGGAAAAUGAUGAAGCAGUCAAUGUGGGCGCUUUAAUUGUUCUGGUGUUAACUUAACAGGACCGGCACCAGAUAUUUUGCACAAGAGUGUACUUUUAUAAAAUCAGCAAUAAGUUUUGUUCAUGAAAUACUUAAACUGCUAUUGAAGACAUGGAGGUUUUUCCUCCUGUAUUUACUGUCAAUUAAUGUUACAUUCAGUUCUGAAGUGUGCAAUAAACAUUCAGUAACCUG